CGAGCGUGACGAGAAGCCCGUUCGAAAAUACAACACGGAAGUGAAGGUUCAUUAUUAGGCAAAACAUUCGGCGGACAAAGCGUCCUCUUCAGUCUCUUCCCGCAGUGUUCGUCCAUUCGGUGCCGGUGAGACGGGUCAAGCCACCGUGGACUCGCCCGAGAGCCCGUGUCUGAUCAUCUCCGGGGAAAUCCGCCGUCAAUCCGCGAGCUAGCUAGCGAUGAACACGGACGUGGAAUUCCACAUCAGGCAGAAUUACCCGUGGACGAAGCUGCCAGCCAAUGUCAAACAGAGUUUGGGCAAUUCCCAGCGUGAAUAUGAGAAGCAAGUGCUGCUCUACAGCAUUCGGAAUCAGCUCCGGUUCCGCAAUAACCUAGUGCGCCAUGUGAGAAAGGAUGAACGUAAAUACUACGAGGAGCUGCUGAAGUACAGCAGGGACCACCUGAUGCUGUACCCCUACCACCUAUCUGACAUCAUGGUGAAAGGACUGAGGGUCACUCCCUUCUCAUAUUACACUGGAAUCAUGGAGGAUAUUAUGAACAGCGAGAAAAGUUAUGAUUCGUUGCCCAACUUUACAGCUGCUGACUGUCUGAGGCUGCUGGGCAUUGGGCGAAACCAGUAUAUUGACUUGAUGAACCAGUGCAGGUCCUCCAAGAAAUUCUUUCGCAAAAAAUCAGCUCGGGAUCUGCUUCCCACCAAACCAGUCGAGAUUUCGGUGGAGCCGUGGUGGGUAGCACAGACAGGAUACAUCACUGAAGAUGACAUCAGGGUCUGUUCUUCAGCAGAGAAGAAAGCUAUCGAUAAGAUGAUUGAUUCUGGUCCUCAACUUGCCGGAACUAUAGAGUUCAAUGUGGUUUUAAGUUUGUACAACCGGGGCUUCAUCUACUUGGAUGUUCCCAUAUCCGACGACAGUUGCAUCUCAGUGCCUCCAUUGGAGGGUUUCGUCAUGAAUCGUGUGCAGGGAGACUAUUUUGAAACCCUUCUUUACAAAAUCUUUGUGUCUAUUGAUGAGCAGACAAACGUAGCAGAGCUUGCAAACGUCUUGGAAAUCGACCUGGAUUUGGUUAAGAAUGCUGUGUCCAUGUACUGUCGUCUUGGCUUUGCUGUUAAAAAAGGUCAGGCGAUUGGCUCCGACCAGCUGCACCCCACCUGGAAGAAUGCACCCUCUGUCAACAGACUCAAAGGUACCAUGGAUCCCCAAAAGAUGCUGCUGUCCUGGGAGCAAGGCAGUCCUGUCAUGGAGGGAGGAUCUUCUGCCACUGACACCGACACCACCAGUCUGGAGGACCAGGCGGACACAGCCAGCGUCAGCAGUCUGAGUAUUCCUGCUGCUCCCACCAAGAGGAUCGCUUUCCUGUUUGACUCUACUCUCACAGCUUUCCUCAUGAUGGGAAACCUGUCCCCGAACCUGAAGAGUCAUGCAGUGACCAUGUUUGAGGUGGGCAAACUCUCAGAUGAGACUCUGGAUAGUUUUCUGGCAGAGUUGGAGAAGGUUGAGAGCACAGCUGAAGGCGAAGCACAGCGUUACUUUGACCACGCGUUGACCUUGAAAAACACCAUCCUCUUUUUGCGCUAUAACAAGGAACUCACUCAGGACCAGGGACCUGAUAUUCCCAAUAUAGGUUUCCCUUUGGACAUGUUGCGCUGCGAGAGCCUCCUGGGUUUGGACCAGGCCACCUGCAGCCGUGUCCUCAACAAAAACUACAAGCUGCUGGUCUCCAUGGCUCCACUCAGCAACGAGAUCAGGCCCAUCAGCAGCUGCACGCCUCAGCACAUUGGCCCAGCUAUCCCCGAGGUGAGCUCCAUCUGGUUCAAACUGUACUUGUACCAUGUGACCGGCCAAGGCCCGCCCUCUCUGCUGCUCUCGAAAGGUUCCAGGCUGCGCAAACUGCCAGAAAUAUUCCAGGUCUAUGACAGGCUGUUGAUCACUUCCUGGGGUCACGACCCUGGCGUUGUUCCCACCUCAAACGUCUUGACCAUGCUGAACGACGCCCUGACACACUCUGCUGUUCUCAUCCAGGGACACGGGAUGCAUGGACAUGGAGAAACGGUUCAUAUCCCCUUCCCAUUUGAUGAAGAGGAUCUGAAAGGUGAUUUCUCUUACUCCAACAUGUGCGUACACAAGGCGCUGCAGAAGUUGAAGGAUCAGGUGGAUCUGGAACAUCAGUGCGGCUACAUCACAAUGCUUAACUCAAACAACCGUCACCGCCGUCGACCCAGUGAUGCCACCGAGUGCAGAGGUGACACUCACCUGGGUGGAGGUUUUGACACCAACGGCAGCACGGAAUCUUUUGAGUUGGUGACGGAGGAGACGAAUGGAGACGGCAAAGGCAAAACUGACACUCUCUCAUCCGAAGAUGAGUGGGUUCCUCUCGACCUCUGCUUCGGAAUGCCACUCUUCAGCUCAGAGCUUAAUCGCAAGGUGUGUCGAAAGAUCGCCUCACACAAGCUUUUCAGCAGCGAGAGCCUCCAAGAGUUGCUUCAGUCCAGCCGAAAAUUGUCGCUGAAGGUGUUGAGCUUUGUUCAGUCAUUCCAGGAUGGCAGUCAGACUGCCGACCCAGACAGUGGCGUGUCCAACCCUCUGAGCCAGCCAGCCGCGGAGGCGGGUGUGCCCCUGCCUGCCCUCAACCUCCUCUACAAGGAUGGGCUGCUGCAGGAGUGGAGUGGGCGGGCCCCUCCACCUCUGGACAUCUCCGCUCUGCACAAGGACACGUAAAAAAAAAGCACUUCCCCAAACUUCUUUUGUGUUCGUGAGGAAAAUGUCACUUCUCCUUGAGGGAAAUGGUGUAUUGAAGUCGAGACCUCAGACCCGCCAUCGUUUCCUGUCGAGGGGGAAAUUCCUGCCAUCUUAUCCCACUCCUGUCAGCAUCCCGUCGAUCACCCCGAGCCGGCACUUCUGCGUGAUGAUGCAGCAGCUCCGCUUCUGACCCCCUGACCCUUUGGCCCUCUGUCUGUGGUAAAGCAGUGUUAUUGCCAGAGUGGUGCUAACAUCAUCACCGUUAAUGACUGAUGCAAACAUGGAGGUCUCAGCAAAACCACUUUCACUUUAAUGUCAGGGGAAGGGCGUUUUUAAAGUGGCUGACAUUUAGUCGAUGUUACAAAACACAAUCAUGGAAGCAUGUGUGCUUUGACCGUCAUUUGUUCUGGAGAAACGCAACCAACGUGUGGUUGAUUCACUGAAUUCCGGCAUUAAAGGGCAACAAAUGACAUUCCAUAAUCUUAUAGCGGUAAAAAUGCUUUGAGUAUUUUGUUGAAGUGUGUUUUUGAGCAAAGAACACAGAACUUUUCCUUCAUGAGGAAAUGUUAUCUCAGAUCCAUCAGCCUUUCCAUUUUUUGAGGAUCAUUUAUCAUUCCGUUUUCAAGUUACAAUCACACAUUUGAUCCUGAAGUGACCAGUUGUAAACUUGUGUUUGUCUUAUGAGAAGUCAGUUUAGUCAGUCUCUUUGCAUUCUAGCAUUAAACUGGAUUCGCUGUUUCUCAACUCGUGUCAGUUCUUUGUCACAAUGAUGAGCAGCGAAUUCACAGCUGAGAAGGUUUUUAAUAAUUCUGAUGAACUUUUGACGGGCCGCGCCGUCAGCCUCUUCCUUCCACAUUGUUGUGAAUGAUUUCCUCUGAAGCGAUGAGUCUAUGCUUCUGGCCCAUUUUGGUGAAUAAAUGUCGGUUCUUCCUCUUUUAAAAUCAUUGUAGAGGUUGUGUGCUCUUUAGUUGUGAGUCAUUCCCAGUCACCCUUAAACUUCUGAAAGGACAGUAGUUCAUUGCACUGUACACUAAUCCCAGUGGAAUUUUCUAUUCCUUUCUGGAAUCUGCACAAGAUUUUACCGUUGGUUCUUUGUGUGAACAUUUUUGGACACGCCAAAGAGCAUCUACUUUUAAUUACUGACUUUAUUUUGAUGCCUUAUGAAGAUGCACCAAUCUUUAGCUAAAACAUGUUUUUUUUUUACCGUUUUAUUUGACACAUUGAAUCGAGCAGGUCAAACUUUGCAUUUAUUAGAUGAAGAACAUGAAGACAUGUUUUGAAGCGGCUUGCAGUCGCCAGCUCUCUCGUGGCUUCAUGUUAUUUAUGCCUUUCUUUUUCUUCUUCUGCCCUCGGGGGAUUCUGUUUACAACAUUCCGCAUUUUACUUUUAUAAAGAUAAAAUGGGCCAAAGCUGCAGACGUUUUCAGCCCCGAUGUUUUGAAAAUGUUCUUCGCUCAGACGAACGGCCCCAAAAAGGUUUCACUGAAGGAUUUUUUUUUUUUCAUAUCGCCGACUUGUUGUUUCUGAAAUGUGACUUAGAACAUAAAAAGGUCCAGUUGAAGCAUGAUGGCCGUGUAGAAACUGUGGUGUGUAUGUAUGUGUGCGUGUGUUUGUUAUGUAUGCGUGUGUAUCGUAUACCCCACUCACGUUCUCCACAUACGCCGUCACAGUAUUCCUGCCUGUCUGUUUCGUUGAAGUACUUGACCACUUCUGGUAUCACCCAUCCAGUGUUCUUUUUUUUUUUUUUUUUUUUUUUUAAGGUGACAUUGAUAGGAAUCUUUGUUGUUGCUUGUUUCAUGGACUUAAGAUUUUAAGAAGCUUGUGGAGUGGAAUGGGUAAAGAAAAAUAAGCGACAUUCCGAAAACAUGCACAUCCCCCAUUCUGCUCCCGAUUCAUGUUGAUGACGAUGAAUAAAUAUGUAAAAAAAAUAUAUAUGAAAUUAUAAAUAAAUAUCUAAUGAGAUGACUUUCUUCCGUCGUUGAGAUUGUCGUCAUCUAUUUUUCUCCAGGCAGAUCUUGUUUGUUGUUUCCAUGCCAGGUGGAACAGAUGGUCCGCAAGACGCUGCGCCGGACACUUGGCCCAUCUGCCUCAAGAGUCCACUCGAGCGUUUGAGGUAAUUGGACACUAGGUUGCAGUUUUAAUGUCUGAA